AUGGACGUCAACAUCAAAAGUACACUCUACACGGCGAAACUCGCAAUGCACUAUUUCAUCAAGCAGAACGGUGUAGUGCCAUCGCCAUCACAGCAGGACACGUGCCUUGUACUCAUUGGAUCCGGGGCUGGGAUCCACGACUGUUUACGCAUCCCGCAGUAUUCUGCCUCAAAGUGGGCGGCACGUGGGAUAAUGCACUCAUUGAGGCGGACGGAUCAUUUGUAUGGGAGCCGCGUCAACGUUAUUUACCCCUGGUACGACAAGACCAAGACUUUGUCAGAAGAGGACUUCGAGCAUGUCAGCGCCAAAAGGGUAGAUUUCGCAACAACCGAGGAUGCAGGGCAAUGCCUUUUGGGGAUUCUAGCUGACCGCACUAUGAAUGGUCGAUCGUUGUUCGUUGCUGCGAGGAAAUGGGCACGCGGGGCCUGCGUCGACCUUGAUCUCGAAGAUACCGAGACAGAGCUGAGGAGGGAAAUCCAACUCGACCAGAUGAGGGGAUCUCCUGUGGAAGAUGGACUUUUUGUAUAA